UCUUCCCUGCGUCCGUGUGCCGUUUAGUGGUUACAACUGUCUCGCUCCUUUGUAGCGCUCCCCGGUGUGGCAGCAGGUUCGAGGGGGUGAAACGCUCCGCUUUGAGCUCCUGGGGGAGGCAGCAUUGUCUGUGAGUGACUGAGUGACGGGCUUUGCGGCCCGGGCCCUCCUGCGUCUGAGGCUUCUCCUCUGUUCUCUGGUGCUGAUGACCUAGCAAGCAGCAGUCUUAUUCCCUGGUGGUGUCCUUUUACAAUCCCCUUUUCGUUGGUGUGCAGUGUCACAGGUGGUGGGUUAGUUUCGGAUCCUCCCUCCUUUUGUCCCCUGCCGCCUUGAAAGUGAAGAUGGCAGUCAAUUGGCUAGGGAUGCUGUCCAUUGCAGUGUUUUAUGCAAUCGUGCUGGGCAUUGGUAUUUGGGCAUCGAGGAAGGCAAAACAAGAAGAGAAGAAAUGUACUGGGAACCUCAGUGAGGUUGUGAUGGUUGGAGGGCGGAACCUAAAACUAUGGGUCAGCAUCCUUACUAUGACAGCCACUUGGGUGGGAGGUGGCUAUGUUUUGGGUAAUGCUGAAGUGGUCUACGAUCCUAGAAAGGGUUUGGUGUGGGCCAUUGGACCCAUUGCCUUUGCCAUUAACCUGAUAUUUGGCGGACUCUUCUUUGUCAAACCUAUUCGGAGAAAGAAUUAUGUCACCCUCAUGGACCCAUUUCAAGAGAAAUAUGGCAACACGAUAGCUGCUGUCCUCUUCAUACCUGCUCUCCUUGCAGACGUCUUGUGGGUAGCAUGUAUUCUUGGUGCAUUGGGUGGGACAGUAAGCACCGUCUUGGAUAUCCAGUCCUCACUAGCUGUGGCCGUCUCUGCUGCUGUAGCAAUCAUUUACACAUUGAUGGGAGGACUGUAUUCUGUGGCCUAUACUGAUGUCAUCCAGCUUGGCUUUGUGUUCGUUGGCUUGUGGCUUUGUGUGCCUUUUAUCCUGACAAGCCCUUCCUCUGCUGACAUCACCGUUACUGCCGUGACUAAACUGUACCAGGAGCCAUGGAUUGGCAAACUUGGGCUGGAAGAUGCAGGACGCUGGAUAGAUAACUUCCUGUUAGUGUCCAUUGGAGGACUUUGCUACCAGUCCUUCUACCAGAGAGUCCUCUCCUCAGCCACUGAUGCCCAAGCUAAGAUCACAUGCUACGCUGGAGCAGCAUUGUGCCUGAUCCUUGGCAUCCCAUCAAUCGUCAUUGGGGCAGUGGCAGCAUCUACUAAUUGGAACCAGACCACCUUCGGCUCACCCACACCCUUCGAACAAGGCAAAGCUGGUAUGAUCUUACCAAUUGCUCUUCAGCAUCUUUGCCCUGUCUACAUAUCUCUGAUUGGUAUGGGAGCACUUGCAGCGGCGGUGAUGUCAUCUAUUGACUCUAUCCUUCUGUCUUCGGCCUCCCAACUGGGCCGAAAUAUUUUCAAGAACAUCAUCUACAAACAAGCAUCAGAAAAAACUAUUCUUGUGGUGGUCAAGGUAUCAAUCUUCCUUUGUGGACUGAUGGGAGCAGGCCUGGCCAUGACAACCACCUCCGUUAACCUUCUCUGGAUUGUCAGUGCAGAUGUUUUGUAUUCAAUACUGACUCCCCAACUGAUUUGCACCUUCUUCCUACCCCAGUGGGUGAACCAUUAUGGAGCAUGUUCUGGCUUUGUGUUGGCACUACUCCUGCGAGUUCUGGUUGGGGAACCGCAGUUGGGUCUCCCUGACGUGCUCCCCCUGCCGUGGGACAAGAUUCAAGAGGAUGGUCGCCGAUUUCGCUUAUUCCCCUUUUGCACUGUCAUCAUGCUCAUGACCACUGGGACUAUUGUACUGGUAUCUCGUCUGACUGUGUGGCUCUCUGAGAAGAAGCUGCUGACAUUAAAUGAUGCUGAAAUGGACACAGACAACGCAGACUAUAUGGUACCACUCCAGACAGAUACAAGGAAAACGAGAGAGCUGAAUAAAGAACAGGUUCACUUAUUCUCGCAAGGAGGCAAUGAAGAAGAGGAAAAGUGUUAAAAAAGAUCUAGCAUGAAAACUUUCAUGUAGUAUGUAUCACACAGGAUGUAAAUGGACCAUUUUGCCUUUUGGCACUUUUAUUUUUUCAAAUUUUGAGCUUUUGAUAGUUUGGGGUCAUGUGGAUAUUAUGAUGAUACUUUAUGUUUAACAUUUUGUGAUUUAUUAUUACUUUGAAUUUUUACUCGUUUACUCAUUUUCUACUCAUUAUUUGUUCACUCACUAACCUGGGUGGCAAUGUAAAUGCUAUAAGUUAAGCUAUAAGUUGCUUAUAAGGUGUUUCAUUCAGUUAAAAAUCCGGUUUUUAAAGACCUUAAUCCAAUGAAAGAUUCACUGGCAUGACAAGUGACCUCCAUAAAGCAUACCAUAAUUUUCAAGUGUUGCAAAUUUAUUCUUAAUUAAAAUAAUCCAGUGAGUUUAUUAAAGGGUCUGUGAAACCUUUAUUUAAUCAGGUAGUCUCUUGGAAAUCAAGGUGUCUUUUUCAGGAGGGACCCGAGUGGUG